CAAUAGCCAAACACCAGAAAGUUUUGUGUUGGUAUCUGACUAUCUGCAAACAUUCCCUAGCUAAUAAAGUGUAUUAUUAUCCCUAAUUUGCUACUACAAAUAUAAUGAAAAAAAUGGAAUGUUAGCCAAAUUUAUGGAGGGACGCUACGUAUUACUCCGUAUUUUAGCCAACAUUUAAAAGCUGCCCAAUGUACAGUUUAUAGGCAUGAAGAGUAUUGUCUCAAGAGGGCUGUCCAACUUCCCCAGACUUGACCUCCUGAAGUCACCUUUCAUGGCUACCAUCACUACCGCCGCUGAAGCUUUCUCCUCCUCCUCCGCUCUGAAACGAGUUGGCACUCACAAUGGCAGCUUCCACUGUGACGAAGCUCUUGGUUGCUAUAUGAUCCGCCUCACCAACAAGUUCAAGGACGCCCAAAUCGUCCGCACCCGUGACUCUCAGGUUUUGGAGUCGCUUGACGCUGUUCUUGAUGUUGGAGGGGUUUAUGAUCCUAGUAGAGACCGGUAUGACCAUCAUCAGAAGGGAUUUGAGGAGAUCUUUGGGCAUGGAUUUAACACUAAGCUCAGUAGUGCUGGUCUUGUUUACAAGCAUUUUGGAAAGGAGAUUAUUGCAAAAGAGCUUCAAGUUGAAGAAGAACAUCCAGAUGUGCAGAGGUUGUUUUUAGCAGUUUACAGGAGCUUCAUGGAGGCUAUUGAUGCUAUAGACAAUGGAGUUAAUCAGUAUGACACGGACCAACCCCCCAAAUAUGUCAAUAAUACACAUUUGUCUUCCCGGGUUGGGAGAAUAAACUUGGAUUGGACUGAAUCUGAUCAAUCUCCAGAAAAUGAGAAUAAAGCUUUUUCUCGUGCGAUGUCUUUAGCUGGCAGUGAGUUUAUGGAUAGUGUUCGUUAUUAUGCAAAAUCAUGGUUGCCUGCCCGAUCAAUUGUUUUGGAGUGUCUUGCUUCAAGAAAGGAUGUCGAUCCCAGUGGAGAAAUUAUGGUUUUAAAUAGAUUUUGCCCAUGGAAGCUUCACUUGUUUGAGCUUGAGGAGGAGUUGAAGAUUGAUCCACCAACCAAAUACGUUCUUUAUGAGGAUGAUAGAAGCAAAGGUUGGAGAGUACAGGCAGUGGCUGUCUCUCCAGACAGAUUUGAGAGCCGUAAGCCAUUACCGUCACAGUGGAGAGGUCUCAGAGAUGCUGAGCUUUCAAAGGAGUCAGGGGUUCCUGGUUGUGUUUUUGUCCACAUGAGUGGGUUUAUUGGUGGAAACCAAACCUAUGAAGGAGCAUUAUCUAUGGCAAAAGCUGCUCUACAGCUCUAAAUUAACAAAAAAAAGCCCCAAUGUUACUGAAAGCAUUUGAUAGUUGCAAUUGAUUGCUAUUUAUCUUGUUUUGAUCCUCUUUUCUUCGCUGCUGUGUUUUCCCAACUUUUAGGUGUCAUUUUUGCUUUCACGUUUAUUUCACUGAACAUCAACAUUGAAAAGAAUAUGACUGGUUAUUUCUACAUAUAUUAUUAUCCCAGUUGAUUUUUUC